CCACCGCUGCCUUACCUCAGGCCUGCCAAUGCUCCUGCGAACACGAGCCCCAACUCCUUCCGCCUGUUCCUUACUGAGUACAGUUUUGACAAUUUUCCUUCCUGCAGCCAUUUUCUUCUUGGAAAAAGGAAAUGCAAAUCCUAAAGAUCUCAACAACCUUCAGCAACAGCAAUGCUACAAAACAACAAUUAAGGGAAUGGACUGUAAAACAAAGCAUGGACAAACCCAUUCUAGAAGAGUUGCUGGUAAAGAAGUCUCAGCAGAAGAAAAAGAUAUCUCCAAAUAAUUACAAAGAACGACUCUUUGUUCUUACAAAAACAAGCGUUUCCUACUAUGAAUAUGACAAAGAGAAAAAAGGAACCAGAAAAGGAUCAAUUGACAUUAAGAAAAUCCGAUGUGUUGAGGUAGUAAAUCUAGAGGAAUCAAUACCUUCAGACAGGAAAUAUCCCUUCCAGAUUGUGUACAAAAGUGGCCUGCUGUAUGUUUUCUCUGCAAAUGAAGAGAGUCGAAGACGAUGGCUAGAAGCUUUGCAUAAAGAGAUUAAGGACAACACAGAUUUACUAAACAAGUUCCACAAAGGAUUCUUUUCCAACGGGAAGUUCCUGUGCUGCAAUCAGACCUGCAAAGCAGCUCCUGGAUGCACCAUAUGGGAAAAGUAUUUCAGCCUUCACAGUGCAAGCUCUGCAGUGAAACCACUCCCACCUGUACCAGGAGGACUGAACAUGAAAUACGAUCAUCAACCUCCAGGCCGAAUAUCUGACAAGUUGUUUCUGAAAGAAGCAGUGGCUGUUUAUAAUUAUGAGCCAAAAGGAAACUCUGGUGUUCAUCUCAUCAGGAACAACAAAUAUUAUGUUAUGAAAGAUGAGGAUCCUGAUUGGUGGCAAGUGAGGGACUUGGAAGGAAACGAAGGCUUGGCUCCCCGUGCCUAUUUGAAGGAGAUAUCCCAAACCGCUGAUGAAUCAGAGGGAAGGAGCAACACAGCUAAAGUGUCAUCAUCUGAAGAGGAGGAAAACAUUGCUAAUUAUGAUUGGUAUGCUGGGAGUCUCUCAAGGGCCCAGGCGGAACAACUGCUGUGGCAGAAGGGGAAAGAAGGUGCUUUCAUGGUUCGUAAUUCCAGUCACGUGGGGAAAUACACUGUAUCAGUACUCAGCAUGACCAGUAGAGAUAAAAAAGGAAUAGUUAAACAUUAUCAUGUUCAUGUAAACAGCGCAAACCAGUUUUACCUUGCUGAGAAUUACUGUUUUGAGUCGGUUCCCAAGCUUAUUCACUAUCAUCAACACAAUUCAGCAGGUUUGGUUACACGGUUUCGACAUGCAGUGUCUACAAAGGCAAACAAAGUUCCAUCUACAGCAUCUUUGGGAAAUGGCCCCUGGGAGCUGAAGCGUGGAGAUAUUGUCUUGCAGAAGGAAAUAGGGAGUGGUCAAUUUGGAGUGGUGCAAGUGGGAAAAUGGAAAGGAAAAUACGAUGUUGCUGUUAAAAUGAUCAAAGAAGGAUCAAUGUCUACAGAUGAAUUCAUAGAAGAAGCUGAAACCAUGAUGAAACUUAAUCAUCGCAAACUUGUUAAACUGUAUGGGGUAUGCACAAAGACCUAUCCCAUCUAUAUAGUGGCUGAAUACAUGGCUAAUGGCUGCUUGCUUAGUUACUUAAAAAGCCAUGGGAAAGACCUGCGUCCGUUUCAACUUCUGGAGAUGUGUUUCCAUGUUUGUGAAGCAAUGGCUUUCCUUGAAAAGCAUCAGUUCAUACACCGAGAUUUGGCUGCUAGGAAUUGCCUGGUUGAUGCUGACCUCACAGUGAAGGUGUCUGACUUUGGAAUGACGAGAUAUGUGCUAGAUGACCAGUAUGUCAGUUCCAUAGGAACGAAAUUUCCAGUGAAGUGGUCGGCACCAGAGGUUUUUCAUUACACCAAGUUCAGUAGCAAGUCUGAUGUGUGGGCCUUUGGAAUUUUAAUGUGGGAGGUAUUCACUUUGGGGAAGCAACCCUAUGAGCAGUAUGAUAAUAUGCAAGUGAUUGAAAAAGUUUGCCAUGGUUAUCGGCUUUAUCGUCCACAGUUGGCUUCUCAGGCUGUCUAUCAAGUAAUAUACAGCUGCUGGCAUGAGUUUCCUGAAAAACGUCCCACGUUUCGCCAUCUGCUUUCUCUCAUUGAACCACACAUAGAAGGUGACAAACUUUGAAGAACAGUCCAGCCUAAGCAAUA